ACUGAUUGCUGGAUGCGAUGCCAGACAAUCCGCACUUCUGAGGUGAAGCAGACAUGGUGUUUCCAGUCGGAGUUCUUGAGAGGUCUUGAAGUUUUCUCGCUUUUACCAUUCCCGGGAUACACAGUGGCAGUAAUCUGUCUCCGUCGACACUCACCUCAUCAUGGUCGCCCAAACGACUCGUGGGAAUCCGGAUGGUCCUCGGUUCUUGACGCAGAGAAAUCUCGAGCGACGGAUUCGCGGUAUAUCUGGCGAUAAUGAAUCCACACUUCCCAAGGGUUUCAUGCAACUUUUCUCAUAUUAUAAGCCAAGUUUGACAGCUGGAAACUACUGUAUCAUCGCCGAGCAGUUUAUAUCUUCAAGCAAAGGACAACAAAAUGAACAAAGCCUCCGAAUAUGUAACCGAAAGGGAACGGCGAGCUUGCCAGAUAACCAACCCUCCGAGAAACAGAUCCUCGAAGUGAUGGCACCGCAGUUCAGCCUGGACCCCAAAUUGGUCAACAGCUUUUAUCCACCAGAGGGUCAUCAGGAUGAGGGGCGUAUUUUACCUCACAUUGUAAUCAACGAUCCUCAUUUCCCGUGGGAACGAGAUGCGGACAGUGAAUUUGGCGGAGGAAACGAUGAUCCGCUGGACAAGGCACGACUGAGAGAUCCGGAUGUCAAUGCGGCAGGCAAAACCUUAGACGGACAAGGCAACCUAACUGAGGACCGCGAAAAGAUGAGGUAUCGGUCCAUUAUUCCAUGGGUUCGCCUGCUCGUGUUUGAUGUUGAAGAGUUGAAACUAGACUCUGCUCAGGAAGCACGGGCUCUUGGCGUUCCUGACUUUGUGGCUCUGGACAGUCCCAAGGCCGAUAUCAAACGCCAGCCUGCUAAUGGGGCCUUCUCCAUGUUAGCAAAGGAUUACUUUGCAAUCCCAGAGACCAAUCGGCUCCCAAUUUACCAGUCAGAUCCUGCCGGUUUGGAGGAGGUCAAGACUGGCAGACGGUCAAAGGAAACAACUCAAGUCAUAUAUCCGAAGAAGGAUCUUUUCUACCAACUAUGCCACGAUGUUGAAUCAAACAAGUACCUUGCCCAUGUUCGCAAUGUAAACACCAUUGGAUGCCCAGAUGCAGGGGUUGAGGAGGAAGGCCUCUUCAGUAUUGUAAUUUCGGCUCGUACAGGUGCCCUCAAGAAUCCAACUCCAACCACUCAGGUUGUGCACCUGAUUUCGCUUGAAAGCAUUCAUUCUACCAUCAAGAUACAAGGGUGGGAUUCAACUCAGGGACCACCCGGUGCACAGAAAGAGGAACGUAUUGGUCUGAUAUCACUUUUCUCAUGGACAUAUACUGCUCUCCCACCCAAUCCAAUCAAUUUCAUCGAUACAAUGAUGGCAAUUGUUGGGAAUGAGAAUGGGCCGAGUGCCGUUGACCAAGUUCCUCCUCUUCAAUCCAAACAAGGAAACAGGCAGAUGUUACGAUCUAAUGAUGGACUGAUCGAUGCUCUUGACAACGAGCUGGAUCCAGGGGAAAAGUCACAAAGCAAGCUACUGGCUUCACGACUGAGGCAUGGCUAUACUAUUUCCCGCUGGCGGUGCGAGACUGGCGAAGUUACAGCAGCAUUUACUCGUGGUCCACUUGUGCCUGUCAAGCCGGCUCGUUCUCCAAGCCCGGAUUGGCCAACUGGCUCCAAUACGUCGAAGAACUAUCAAAUACUCGAUAAGACGACGGGAUUGAUGGAUCUUUCCUACUCUUCUGCUUGGAAUAUGGGUAAAACGCUAGCAAUAUCAGACACAUCAUUCAGUGCCGCCUUGCUGCGUUUCCGAAGCCAAAUUCAUAAUGGUGCCGCUUCAAUUGCCCGUGCUCAGUUCAACGGGUUACUUUCGCGCUCCGAUGCUCUCAAAAAAGUACUUGAUGGAGUAAUAUCCAUUCGAUCACGCCUCGGGGAUCAUGUAGCCCCUCCUCGCAGGGUUAUUCCAGUUGGCAACCGACAUCUCACCACAGCUCUCGACAACAUACAACUUGCUGCUGCGAUGUCUAAAGCUGUCCUCAAUGAGGUUACGAUGGCAUCACAAGCUGGCAAUGAAGUCUUCAACGAGUUCAAUGUUACUGGCGAAAACAAUACAGACUGGUCGAUUAUUCUGAAGUGGAUAACGGAUCGGCUCUACCUAAACAACAUCCCAGCACACAUUCUGUUUCCAGAUCCUACCUUCAUUCCAGAGGAGUCUAUACGGUUCUUCUACAUCGACGACACUUGGAUGGACUGCUUGAUUGAUGGAGCUCUGAGUGUGGGGAAUCAUGUUGAGAAGAAUGAUGAUAUGGUCAAGACUGCCAUAAAGCAACUCUACAACGUCUAUUUGUCAACAACAGUGCCAAACACAUCGAUCAAACCACAGAUUCCACACUACGGAUUUGUUCUCCGCAGCCAGAUAGUCAAAGUCAUGCCAGACCUUAGAAUCACAGUAAAUUGGAACACCAUUGACGACAACGAUCAGCGCGCUCCCGUAUGUCAGUGGAUACGCCCCGAUGAUCAUACACUGCUUUGUCUGCUUGAUCGACCACCUGAAGAAUUGGCCAAGUUCGAUUCUGCGCAUCCCGAUCGCUCUGGAAUUGUAUUAUCACAACCCCCGCAUCAACAGCGCUUCAGUUUCGGGCACGCCUACGAUCCAGUGGCAAACAAGUUUGGAUUUAGACUGCGCCAUUUGUACACCACCAAAGAUGACGUGCCAUCAGGAGAGUGGAAAGUCCUGGAAUCGCUCGAACCUGGAAUAGAGGCUGCAAAGCAAAUCGAUGAUAAUACUAGGGUACUCAAAGUUGGUGAACUUGCAAAAACAAUCAAUCGAGGAAUUCAGCAGGAAAUAGGUGCAGAUUCACAGAAUCCUAGCUCGGGGUAUGUGGACUUCGUCCCCAACUCUGCCGAGUUGGCACUGGAGCUCAACGAUCCAGCUUACUACUUCAUCAUAUAUCCGAGAUUAGAUGCUCAAAGUACGAACAAAAGCCAGAGACUUAGGAAAAUUUGGGCUGCACCAGUUCAACCCAGAGUUCCCGAUCCAGAGCCGACACAACCACCGGGCACCUCUCCUCCCAUAGGACCUCCAUUACAGCCUCCGCUUGCUGAUGGACCGAUACCAAUAAUUCCUGUUCGUCCAGAUGUUCCUGGACAAGCUGGCAAAGUCAUCGUGGUGGAUCAUCCUGUCAUGCCAUCGGACAGAGAUACUGGCAACGUUCCCAUUAACAUGAUGCCGAAGAAAUGCUUUACUAUGGAUGUCUUUGUUGACUACAGAGGCCUACGACUACGUGAGAAUGGAGCCUACGACCAAGGAGAUUAUAUCCCCACCCAGAGCAAAUAUCUGGCUGAUCUCAUAUUCUCCAUUAGAAAAGGAAUCAAUCGCACAGACCCCAGAAACAACCAAAUGCUGCGCGAAAUCGUGAUUCACAUUCCCAAUACGCCGGAUCCAAACGAAUCUACAAAGACGGAUGCCCUUAUCACGAAAGAUUGGAAAGGUCGAGCCCGACUUCUCAGCAAUCAGCGUUUCGUUACUUUCGUUAGCCGGACACCUAAAUAUCUGGAGAUCCGACUCAUUCCACGCAGUGCGGAAAUAAACCCGGUGAUCAAAAUGAAUGACAACAAGACGAGGGAAAUUAGCUUUGUGUUGACGGAAGUCAAUGUACCGAGAACCGCUGUGAAGAAGUUCUUCACGAUCAAAGGCGAAAGGCAAAAUUUGGAGUUUGGAUUCGCUCGGAUCGACCUGUGGGAGAGGUACCAAUUAGAUCCAAGUGGAUUACAGGUUGUCAGUAUCACUGAUCCGAGGAAGUACUUUGUCAUCAAGAAGGAAGUGGAAGACUGA